CACAUUUUCAUACGUCAACAUGUCACAGUAAGAGCAGAUACAACAGAAGAAAGUGAGAAGAGUGAGAAGGACUAUUAAUCUUGCAAUAAGGGGGAUCAACACAUCUUUGAUGUAAAGCGGCUUCUGUGAAUGUGGACGAGGAACACUGGCAUAUGACAGCAGAACACUGUUGGAUGUGAGAGUCCUUAAACUGAAAAACCUCUCCUCCUGUGAUGAUCACAGUCAGCAGAUCCAGGUCUCUCUACCAGAGACUCAACAUGGACAUCAAAGACAGACUGGCUGUCUGCUCACUCACUUUCUAUGCAGCCAACUCAACAGUAAACUUGCUCAGGGACGUUGACCCUGUGGUCUCUGCCAUCAGAAGAGGGGAUGUGAAGGCUGUUAAUGAUCUGGCAGCAUCCGCUCCCCUGCGCCUGCUGAAGGAGAACAAAGAUGGAUGGAUACCUCUGCAUGAUGCUUCCUUCUGUGGACAGACAGAAUGCUUGAUGACCCUACUGAGGACCCAUCCAGGUUCAGUGGACAAACGUACCUUGCAGGAGCAGACAGCGUUGCUGCUUGCUGUGUCAUGUGAACACUUGUCAUGUGUGCGGUGUCUUUUGGAGGCUGGUGCUGACCCUGACAUCAGCAGCAAGAACAAAGAAACCCCUUUAUACAAAGCCUGUGAGCUGGAGAACAUGGACAUGGUGAGCCUCAUCCUGUCAUAUGGAGCCUCAGUGAACCAGCGCUGUUGUCAGGGAUGGACAGCCCUCCAUGAGGCUGUGUCAAGGAACAACACAGAGAUCUGUGAGAUCCUAAUAAGAGCCGGGGCUACAAUCAAUCCACCCAACACCUACUGCAUCACACCGCUCAUUGUAGCUGCUCAGCAAGGACAGACAAGGGCACUCUGUUAUCUUGUUGGGAAAGGUGCAGAUGUGAACAUGCAGACUCUUGAUGGUGUCACAGCUCUGCAUGAAGCAAGUAAAAAUGGCCACAAUGAAAGUGUGGCAGUGCUGUUGACCAAAAAUGCAGAUGCAAACAAAACAACAAACUCAGGACUGCUGCCCCUGCAUGUUGCUGCCCAGUAUGGACACCAUACGAUUGUGUCCAUGCUGGUCUCAGUGACGAGUCGAGCCCUGCUUCGUCACAAUUGCGUCAGCCCCCUCCACCUGGCAGCAGAGCACGACAGACACACAGUGGCAGCUGUGCUUCUCAAGACAGGUGCAGAUGUAAACGCCACUCUCUCCCACACUCACUCCCUCCAGUAUGCUGACCGACGUGCAACAGCCCUUUACAUUGCUAUCGCCAAUGGCAGCACUCAGACAGCAGAGGUGUUGCUGAAUGCAGGAGCUAGUCUAAACCUUGACCCUGUCAGUCCUCUACUCAUGGCUGUGCGGCGAGGCAGUGUCCACACUAUGUCCCUACUGCUGGACAGAGGGGCUGACAUUGCGGCCAAAAUCCCGUCUUAUUCUACAACAUUUCCUGCUGUUGUUGCACUUUGCAUGAAUAAUCUGCCUUUACUCAAGUGCCUUUUGGAAAAUGGCUGCGAUGCUCUCUCCUGUUUUAACUGCACAUACGGAAACGUCCCUCACCCAACAUCAGGAGAAACACAUAUAAGAACUGUUGGCAGCAAUGGAUAUGACAAUCUGCUUCCUUUAGACUGCAGUGAGCCACCAGAGAGAGCAACACAGUUCUGUGAGUGGAUCUCAACACCAGUGGUGUGUAAAUCAGCAGGACCAAUCAUAGACCUGCUGUUUGAGCAUGUUGCUCAUGUUCAGCUGUGCAGCAAGCUCAAUGAACUGCUGGACAGCCGGAAAGAAUGGCUCGCUGUAAAGAGGAAGUCAUUGUCUCCUCGUCCGCUGCUGCACCUCUGCAGAUUUAGUAUUCGGAGUCAAAUGGGGAGACACAGACUGAAAUCUCUCACAAGUCUACCUCUGCCAGACAGACUGAUCAGAUACCUGAGCCAUGCUGACUGACUCUCAGAUGAAGUAAAAACAAUAUGCAUCAGAGAUGGGACUAAAUUUAUCAUUUUGGGUUUCUUUUUUUAGUUGCAUCUAAUACCUGAAAUCUUUAAAUGGUCUCAAAGCAGCUCUUUAUGUAUGACAUAUCUAUUUAUAAACUUUGUAAUGUGACAAAGAGUGGCUUUAAUGUGUCAGUCAGAAAUGUUUUGUAGUUUCUUAGUGAAGUGAAUAUGAUCCAAUGCCCAAAGGAGUUCCGGAGAGAAGUAAAAUCAUUUAUUUAAAAAUAAAAGUCAUUGUUUCAAA